AUGUUCACAAACGACACUAGGAUAGAGAUCUCGUCGCCGUACAACCCUGUACAUCUUACGCAUGUUGGGUAUAAUCAAGAUACGGGAGAAUUCACCGGGUUACCAAGAGAAUGGCAGACGUUACUACAGGAAGCCGGGAUCUCGAAAUCAGAACAACAGGCCAAUCCGCAGGCCGUGAUAGACAUCAUGGGCUUCUAUUCGGAGACCAACGCCGGAACCCAACUGGCCGACCAAUACGUAUGGUCAAAGUUCAACAACCCAUACGCGCAGCAGGUGAACCCGGGACUUGCGAAAGGAAGCCCUGCGCGGUCACCGCGACUGAGUCCCGAAGGGAGCCCGAAACCACCACCAAAGCCUGCGAUGAAGAGGCCGAUCAUUCCUGAACGGCCAGCACAUACUCUCAGCAUUUACUCUACGGAUAUAAGGCCACCACCGGAAAAACCGCCACUUGGCGCGAGUGUACCGCCUCCCAAACCUGCCAGUAUGUAUCAACGCGCUCUGGUCCAUCCUGUUUCCGAUGUAAUAACAACUUCUGCUGCAUCAGGAGGCACAGCCGACACCUCCAGCGUCGUCACUCCCUCCGUAGACAUCAAGCCACCAAGCGGCACGGUCGCGCAACGCAUGCAGCAAUACGAGCAAGCAGCCAAAACAAGCCCGGGAACAUCACCUAAGCUUCCCAAGAAAGUGCUACCAGCAAAGCCAAAAGUCGAGCUCGCACCGAAAGCGGGGUCGCUCGAAUCCGUAAACGGGAAAGAUGUAGCAGUCGUGGCACCGGCGAAGGUUGGCAGCACAGAUGACCUGCCUAAGCCCGUUGGCAGACCGCCACGGCAACGGGCAGGUACCUCCGACGAUAUCAUUGAUCGCCUUAAGGUCAUUUGCAAUCAGGGUGAUCCGACCAAGUUGUAUCGCAACUUGGUCAAGAUUGGACAAGGUGCCUCUGGCGGUGUCUUCACUGCCUACCAAGUGGGCUCCAACAAUGCUGUUGCGAUCAAGCAAAUGAACUUGGAGCAGCAGCCAAAGAAGGAUCUCAUCAUCAACGAGAUUCUGGUGAUGAAGGGAGCGAGACACAAAAACAUCGUCAAUUUCAUUGAUAGUUUCCUGUGGAAAGGCGAUCUCUGGGUGAUCAUGGAGUACAUGGAAGGUGGAUCACUUACGGACUGUGUGACCGCGAAUUUCAUGACGGAAGGACAAAUCGCGGCAGUGUGUAAAGAGACCUUGGAGGGGCUCAUGCACCUGCACUCGAAAGGUGUUAUUCACCGUGAUAUCAAGAGUGACAACAUCUUGUUGGGUCUGGACGGUCAAAUCAAGCUGACCGACUUCGGCUUCUGCGCCCAACUAAACGAAGAUCAAACCAAACGCACCACAAUGGUCGGCACCCCCUACUGGAUGGCCCCCGAAGUCGUCACCCGCAAAGAAUACGGCCCGAAAGUCGACAUCUGGUCCCUCGGCAUCAUGGCCAUCGAGAUGAUCGAGGGGGAGCCGCCGUAUCUCAACGAGAAUCCCCUGCGGGCGCUGUACCUGAUUGCGACGAAUGGGACCCCGUCGUUGCAGAAUCCGGAGAGUUUGAGUCCAGUUUUCAAGGACUUUUUGAAGAUGGCGCUGGAGGUCGAGGCGGAGAGGAGGCCGAGUAGUGUUGAGCUGUUACAGCACCCCUUCAUCAAGUCAGCCGAACCACUACGCAACCUCGUACCGCUCAUCAAAGCUGCGCGCGAAUCAGCAAAGAAGCACUAA